CCCCGGGAGGCGCCCCGGGACGGGCAGAAGGACGCGGCCGCGGCCGGAGGCGGAGGCGCGGAAGCAGCGGCAACGCUGGCGACUGCUUUUGCAGGUACGAUGGCCCGUGUCUUCGUCUACGGCACGCUGAAGAAGGGCCAGCCCAACUACAAGCACAUGAUCAACACAGCCAAGGGGCUAGCGAAAUUCCAAGGAAGGGGCCGCACGGUGGAGAAGUAUCCUCUGGUGAUUGCAGGAAAAUACAACAUUCCUUACAUGCUGAACAUCCCGGGAACAGGACACCACGUUGCUGGGGAGAUUUACUCGGUCGACGACCAGAUGCUGCAGUUCCUGGAUGAGUUUGAAGGCUGCCCAGACAUGUACCAGCGUACCCUGAUGAGAAUCGAGGUGGUGGAGUGGGAAGGGAAGGGUGGCGCGGGCGAGGCGCGGGCAGGUGCCGAGGGCGUCGUGGAAUGCUUCGUGUACAGCACGAUGACGUACCCGCCCGAGUGGGUCGGCCUCCCCUACCAUGACAGUUACGACUCCUCAGGGAAACACGGCCUCUCCUACGUCCUACGCGAAAGCCGGGAUUAGAAACGGGAGAGAACGCAGCCCGGAGACGUAGUACUAAGCACGUGUCGAUCGGUAACCUUUCCAGGAAAGCUGUAAUACCUUUCUAUUAAACCAUGGGAUCUCUUGUAACCUUCCCAACCCAGGAGCCUUGGCACUAGUGUUGAAGUCUUGUAGCCCAGAGGCGGGGGCUCCUCCCCAGCUAGUCGGCGUCCUCCUCGCCCCCGCUAACCUGCUGCGAGUAGCCGGGUUUGCUUGAGGUGUAAAAUAACUCUAUCUGUGCACAUCGGUUCUGGGGUCUAAUUAGCUGCUCAAUCCCCCCCCUUUGCCUCAGUGCAUGACCGAGGUCAGUGAGAGGCAGAGGAACAGACUAAAUAUCUUGGGUUUUGGGAUUUUUUUGCCUGAAUUGGGAAAUUUUCAUGUGUAAUUCUCCAAGGUGGGUGGAAUAAUGAUGAUACUAGUGCACUAAUAGCUGAAACCGAUUUUAAGAAAUCGUGUCUGCAAACAAAAGUAAAGCACAACUCACAGUUAAUUUUGACUUGUAAUGGCAUUUAGUAGGUUACUGACUGUAACCAGGGUGAGAUGACCAUAUUGCUACUACGCGCUUCAAGACAAAUACAGAAUUGCUGGAGAAAUAGAGAAAAUUUAAAAAACUAUUCUUACUCUGUAUUGCAACAUUUUUCUGAACUGGAAAGGAGUUUGUUAAAACACGUUUAGUUUUAUAAGGUACCGUGAAGAAAUAUUAGAAGAGUAUAAGAGAAUGACAUUUAAAAUCGUAUUUUGGAUUUCACAUUCUAAGCACUUCAGGUACCACUUCAGUUCACUGAGUGACUGUAGGAUUUUGGGCGGGGGGGAGGGAGGGGCGUGGGCAGUGGCGGUGGUGUUGGGGACCGGGAAAAGCAAACCUGAUUUCAGCUGCCCACGACGCUACAGCGGAUGCAGCUGUUGUGAGCACUUACGAGCGAGGCGACUUUUUUUGCCAAGCACUCGAAUGCAGAACUUGCAGCCAUGUGCAAACUGAAUUUCCUGUCGGGGGAAAAAUUUUAUAUACGUUAUAAAAAGUAUCCAGAGGACCUGUAUUGGGAUUAUUGCAACAUUUAAACUGGGAGGAAGGAAAAAAAAAAAAAGAUGGAAAGACGACUAUUGUCCCCCCGACCCAACCAACUGUGCUGGUUUCUGUACAAUCUGGGGAAAACGUGGCUUUCUGUUGUGACGCUCCUGUGCCUUAUAUUUUCCUUCGACUGCAGUGUUUGGUACAUACAGAUUGUACCGUAUACAGAGCUGCCAAAGGGAUGUGAGCAGGGAAUGUAUGCCACGCAGUGAGCCAAAGUACGAUUAAAUGCACUAAGGAUACCAUUAAGGACAAGCAAUAUUGUACUUUUGCUUCACUGCCAGUAACCCUGUGAUGGCCAGAGGAGAUGCGGGGUGGGGAAUCAGCGUAAAUUUCAUCAGUGGUAGGCACUGCUGCAUCUCAUAUAGAAAAACAGGCGGAAAGCUUGUGUUGCUGCAGUAAGCAAAUUAGGUCAUUUUAAAGUAGAAAACUUGUGUCUCGCUACAAUACUUGUUCUUCCUUUAGGGCAACCUGCAGAAGCUGAACUGUGCUCCUUUCGGAAGGGGCGAGAAGGCAUUAAGGAGAGUUGUAGGAAGAACUGCAGGGUGUCUACCUCAGCUUCUCCAACUGCAAAAGCCUUAAAUUUCCUGGAGGGCAGGUACUACCCAAACGCUCCCCUUACCCAUCUUGAUGUGUUUUUGUAAACUAUUUCACAAAGCAGAUCCCUGUACUACAUUAUUUCCCUUGGCCAUGGGAUGCAGUUGGCAGCAUCUCAGUAACAUGAAAAAGGCCUCUUCGAUCAGAAGUUUCAAGCAGAAUCGUGAACCUUUCUGGUUGAACAUGAGUCACCAGCCCUGUCACAGACUUGGUUUUGUCCUUCACCUUCCGGUAAAGAGCCCGGGCGCCUCUGGCCAGAGGGGUUUUUCUGGGAAGUAGCAUGACUCUGCACAUCCUAGGCAAGAAAAUGAGGGCAGGCCCCCUCCUCUGUGGGACAGUGGUCGAGGCACAGCAGGAACGGUGACUUACAGGCAUGUAAAAUAAAAACCAGCUGUAGGAGGUGAGACCAAAGGCAGGAGUAGCCCAGUGUCCCGGCCCAGCAGUGGGCAGCAGCGGAGGCCUAGGCGAGAGCACGGGGACGGAGAUGACGCUUACAGUGCGCAGGGACUGCGGAGGUACCGCUGCACCUAGUGAGCUGCAGCUGCUGACUUACUGAGCUAGAUGAAUUAAUGGAAGAAAGAGCCUCUGUUAACCACACGCUAACGUUUUGAACCCAGUAAACUUCUGGUAUCUUCACCAUCCUGUGGCACGGAGUUCCUGAGUGAGGGGGUGGGGGUGGGGGAAAUACAUCCUCUUACCUGUUCUGACCAAGUCAGCAGCCCCCUCACUUCUGUUCAAGUCUCUUGAAUCUUCCUCCAGUCCAGGCCCUCUCUGGUUUCCCACACUGGAUAUGCAGCUCUUCCAGCAGGACGUAGUUACCUAUUAUCAACAGUCCUAGUUCUUCGCACGGUGUUUAGUAAGAGCCUCUGCACAACAGAAGGUCGGGCACUUGGGUCUCCCUUUCCUGUAAGGGUUCGGGAGGAGGUUUGGCCUGAGGGACAGCAAGGGCCUCCAGCAGUACCUUGGGGCAGCCAAGGAGCUUCGAGGACAGCACCAGCUCCUUCUGUAAGGCCUUGCAUCCAGUAAUCAAUUGAAAGAAGAUAAAGGGGGGAAAAUUUGAGCGUGGAGUCUGAAUAGAAGAAGAAGAUUCCCUUGCAACUGCAAAUGAAAAUACAUGGGGAAGGUCGGCACUAGCAAAAUAAAACGUCUAACCUGUAAUUUAAAUCUAGUCUAUAUAAAGGCUUCAAACUAUUACAAUAAAUCUGAUCAGAAUUUAAGCCAUCAGCAGUACUUGUUCAGCACUUACACAAAGCAUGGGAAAACUGCUCAGUUAACCACUUUCUGGUUCAUUUUUUGCUCUUACCAACCAUUCUGUAGAAUUUGGCUGGGGCCUCAAACCAGUGGUAUUGCCAUGGAGAAAAUGAAUCGGAUUUGGGUCUUUUGUUUUCUUUUUUUUUUUAAAAAAAGAGGCUUUUCCUGUUUUAAAGCUGAAAUGCUAUUUUAUUGAUUUUAUUUGAUCCUGAAAAAUCAAAGAAUUACAAAGGUUAUGUACAAGUAUUUCUGGAAGUAAAAAUCUGGGAUCUGUUGCCAAGAUUUAACAUCUGUGUUUGCUGUCUUAACCACUGAUACAAUAAAUAUGACUGUAUAAAAUCUUGCA